AUGUCGCGCUGGGUGAAGGGCGUGCGGUCCUUUUCCUCCGCUGCAUCGUCCCUUCUUGCCGAUGCAACCACUGCCGCUAAGGUCCGCCAACCCGAGUCCUUCCAAGUCUUCCGUGACGUGCCUCCUCUACGCAAAUUGCGCCGACAAUUAUUAAAGAAUGACCGCACGGUGGGCUUUGUGCCCACAAUGGGCGCCCUUCACGAAGGACAUAUUUCAUUGAUUCGAGAGGCGGCCCGCGAAAACACUGACAUUUUUGUCAGUAUCUUUGUCAACCCCACUCAAUUUGGAGUGAAUGAGGACCUUUCCAGCUACCCCCGCACUUGGGACAGUGAUGUCGAGAAAUUGGAAGAAUUAAAUGAAGAGUUGAGGCGAACUGCGGUAGAGACUGGGUCUGGGGCGGGAGCAGGCCGGAUUACAGCUAUCUUUGCGCCUACAUCGAAAGUCAUGUACCCCACACUUCCGCCUUCUUCGGAGAUUGAUGGUGAUGGCUCUUUCGUCACGAUCACCCCCUUGUCGAGCAAAUUGGAAGGCGGUUCUCGGCCGGUUUUCUUCCGAGGUGUUGCAACCGUCUGCAUGAAGCUCUUCAAUGCAAUCACCCCGGAUAGAGUAUACUUUGGUCAGAAGGAUGUACAGCAGACUGUUGUUAUCAAGCGAAUGGUCCAGGAUUUCCAUAUCGGAACUGACGUCCGAAUCGUCAAGACGACUCGUGAAUCUACUGGGCUAGCGCUCAGCUCUCGGAAUGUCUAUCUCGGUGACCGCAGACGUGCUGUUGGACUCACCAUCUACCAAUCCCUCAAGGCUGCCGAAGAAGCUUAUCUGGCGGGCAAAAAUUCUCGUGCAGAUAUCUUGGGAGCUGCACGAAAUGUUACGGAUAAGGUGCUCGCGAAGCAGCAAGGACUGUCGCCAUCAGAGCGAUCUCUCUUUGAAGUUGACUAUAUCUCCUUGGCAGAUUCUGAAAGCUUAGAGGAGCUGGAUUUCGUCGACCCUGCCAAAGGUGGAGUUCUUAGUGCAGCUUUGAAGAUGGCGCCUUUGGAAGAGACCAAGCCUGGUGAGGACUGUGGAUUGGGUAAUGGCAAGGUCCCAGUUCGAUUAAUUGACAAUCUGAUCCUCCAUCCCCGGGCCUAA